GCAGGAGGACAAGGCUACCGUCAACUUCAGCACCUGGGCAGCGACCUUCCUGGGACUGACAGUCUUUCAGAACUCGUCAAAUUAAUGUGGUAAACGGCACAUGUGCGACGUGAGGUUCGAGGAUGUGGUUCAAAGACUUCUUCUAAGAUACCUUGCAAUUGACAAGGAAGGUAGAGUGCUAGUACGGGCGAGCUUAUGAGAAGCAGUUGUAUUGUGCGUUGCUGUGGAGAACCUGAGGGUAGACCGCAGAGGCAGCAUCUUUGUAGUUAUUUAAUACAACAAAACGAAAAAAAAAAAAAAAAACCUAGACCGAGUGGGACUGCCUGUGGUGUGUGCAGGGCAACAUUUCGACUACUUUAGUAGAAAGAAAGCAAGAGACGAGACGCGCUGUUUAUUGUGCUUGCUGCAGUGGGGAAGUGAAGAUGCUGCGGCUUCCUGGACUCAGGAUAACGCUCGUGCUCUGGAUUUUCAGCCGCAUCAGCAGCUUAGGUGCAGCUCUCCCGGUAUCCCAGAAAUGUGAUGAACAAUUGUCCACACCGCUUUCCCACAGCUCCUUUACAAGUUCUUCUAUGUUGGCUGGCAGUUACGCCCCGGGGUACGCAAAACUAAACAGAAGAGGAGGUGCCGGCGGCUGGUCUCCAUUGGACAGUGACCAUUAUCAGUGGCUGCAGGUGGAUCUUGGGAGCAGGAAGCAAGUUACUGCCAUAGCAACGCAGGGAAGAUACAGCAGCUCUGAUUGGGUGACCCUGUACAGACUUCUCUAUAGCGACACUGGAAGGAACUGGAAACCAUACCAUCAAGAUGGCAAUAUUUGGGCAUUUACAGGCAACACAAACACUGAGAGUGUGGUCCGUCAUGACCUGCAGCAUGCAUUCGUUGCUCGCUUACUGCGAAUUGUGCCUCUUGACUGGAAUGGUGAAGGCCAGAUUGGAAUGAGAAUUGAGCUCUUUGGCUGUCCAUACUGGGCCGAUGUUAUUAACUUCGAUGGCCAUGGGGUGAUAUCGUACCGAUUCAGGUAUAAGAAAAUGAAAACCCUGAAGGACGUCAUUGCCCUCAAGUUUAAAACCUCGGAGAGCGAAGGUGUUAUCUUCCACGGCGAGGGACAGCAAGGAGACUAUAUUACCCUGGAGCUCAAAAAAGCAAAGCUGGUGCUGCAGUUAAACCUAGGGAGUAAUCAGUAUGACUCGAUAUUUGGACACACAUCUGUGAUGACAGGAAGUCUCCUGGAUGACCAUCACUGGCACUCUGUCAUUAUUGAACGAUACGGACGGAACAUCAAUCUGACGUUAGACAGACAUGUGCAGCAUUUCCGCACUAAUGGGGAUUUCGACCACCUAGACUUGGACUAUGAGCUCAGCUUUGGAGGAAUGCCUUUUUCUGGGAAACCAAGUUCCAGCAGCAGGAGAAAUUUCAAAGGUUGCAUGGAGAGCAUCAACUACAAUGGAAAUAACAUCACUGACCUUGCAAGGAGGAAGAAGCUAGACACUACAAGCGUGGGUAACCUGAGUUUCUCCUGUGUCGAGACCCAUGCGGUGCCUGUCUUCUUCAACGCUACCAGCUACCUGCAGCUCCCUGGCCGUGCCAACCGGAAUGAAAUGUCUGUCAGCUUCCAGUUCCGCACAUGGAACCCCAGUGGCCUGCUUCUCUACAGCACCUUCGCUGAGGGUCUUGGGAUGGUGGAAGUUGACUUGAAUGAAGGCAAGGUCAGCGCCCACAUUAACCUCACACAAACAAAGAAAAGCCGAAUUGACAUUUCUUCAGGGUCUGGACUUCAUGAUGGUCAGUGGCACAAUGUGCGUUUCCUGGCCAAAGAAAACUUUGCCAUGCUCACCAUUGAUGGAGAUGAGGCCUCAGCUGUACGGACAAACAGUCCACUCUACAUUAAGACUGGAAAUAAAUAUUACUUUGGAGGUUACUUUCCACAAAUGAAUAACUCCAGUCGAUCUCCGGUGCAGCGCUCUUUUCAAGGCUGCAUGCAGCUCAUUCAUGUGGAUGAUCAGAUGGCCGACCUGCACGCUGUGGAGCAAGGCAAGCUGGGAAGCUUCGAGAACGUCAGUAUCGACAUGUGUGCCAUCAUAGACAGGUGUAUGCCCAAUCACUGUGAGCAUGGCGGCAAGUGUACACAGACCUGGGACAGCUUCAGGUGCAGCUGUGAGGGGACAGGCUACACUGGGGCCACCUGCCAUAAUUCUAUCUACGAACAGUCCUGUGAAGCAUACAAACACCUUGGAAAGACGUCAGAUGCUUAUUGGAUAGACCCAGAUGGAAGUGGACCACUUGGACCAUUUAAAGUGCACUGCAAUAUGACAGAGGACAAGGUUUGGACGACGGUGAUCCAUGAUCUGCAGCCUCAGACAUCAGUAAGCAGCUCCAGCCAAGAGAAACGGACUGUCCUGCAGCUCAACUACAGCGCCUCCAUGGAACAGGUGUCGGCCAUCACCACAAGCGCAGAGCACUGUGAGCAGUAUGUCUCCUAUUCCUGCAGGAUGUCAAGGCUGCUCAACACCCCAGAUGGUACCCCGUAUACAUGGUGGGUAGGGAAAGGCAAUGAGAAGCAUUUUUACUGGGGAGGUUCUGGUCCAGGGAUUCAGAAGUGUGCCUGUGGAAUUGAGCGGAACUGCACUGAUCCAAAAUAUUACUGCAACUGCGAUGCAGACCAGAAACAGUGGAGAAAGGACACUGGACUUUUGACCUACAAGGACCACUUGCCAGUCAGCCAGUUGGUUGUUGGAGAUGCCAAUCGACCAGGUUCUGAGGCGAAGCUGGAUGUUCGACCUUUACGUUGCCAAGGAGACCGUAAUUAUUGGAAUGCUGCUGCCUUCAACACUCCCUCUUCCUACCUGCACUUCUCAACCUUCCACGGAGAGACCAGCGCGGACAUCUCCUUUUACUUCAAAACUUCUGCCCCUUAUGGUGUGUUUCUAGAAAAUCUGGGCAAUACAGACUUCAUUCGUCUAGAGCUAAAAUCUCCUACAGAGGUCUCCUUCUCCUUUGACGUUGGAAACGGGCCUGUUGAACUCCUCGUCAGGUCGUCCACACCGCUGAAUGAUGACCAGUGGCACAGGGUCAUGGCAGAACGCAACGUGAAGCAGGCUAGUCUCCAGUUGGACCAGCUGUACAAGGAGGUGCGACAGGCUCCACCGCAAGGACACACCAGGCUGGAGCUCUACAGUCAGCUGUAUGUUGGUGCUGCAGGAGGACAAAAAGGCUUCCUUGGAUGCAUCCGUUCCUUGAAAAUGAACGGUGUGACCCUUGACCUAGAGGAGAGGGCGAAGGUCACCCCUGGGGUGAAGCCUGGCUGUUCCGGCCACUGCACCAGCUAUGGGAUGUACUGUCGCAAUGGGGGAAAGUGUAUAGAGAAGUACAAUGGCUACUCAUGCGACUGUUCCAAAACUGCAUAUGACGGACCUUUCUGCACUAAAGAUGUGGGUGGCUUCUUUGAAACUGGAACCUGGAUAAGAUACAACUUUUUGACACAAGCAGCAGCAAGCAAGGACAGUCUGCAGAGUUUUCCGCAGGCCUCUCCGAACUUGAACCUGACCAGGGAGGACCUGGCAUUCAGCUUUAGCACCACCAGCACUCCCAGCCUUCUCCUCUACAUCAGCUCCUACGUGCAAGACUAUCUAGCUGUUGUACUCCACCAAAAUGGAACUCUGCAGAUUAGGUACAACCUGGGUGGCACGAAGGAGCCUUUCAAGAUAGACGUGGACCACAGGAACAUGGCUAAUGGACAACCACACAGUGUGAACAUCUCCAGGCACGAGAAAAACAUCCAGCUGCAGCUCGACCACUACCCCUCAGUGAGCUACACCCUACCGGAAUCUUCUGACAUCCAUUUUAACUCAAUCAAGACACUGUUUCUUGGCAGAGUCCAUGAAACUGGAGAAAUCGACCCAGUUAUAAUCCAGAAGUACAACACGCCAGGUUUUUCUGGCUGUCUGUCAAGAGUGCAGUUCAACCAGAUCUCACCGCUAAAGGCUGCCUUGAGGCCUCGCAUCCCCUCUCCUGUCGGCGUCCAAGGACAACUGGUGGAAUCCAACUGUGGGGCGUCCCCUCUGACCAUUCCUCCAAUGUCGGCCGCCACUGAUCCCUGGCGUCUAGACUCAGCGAGUGCUGAUUCCCCCUUUAAUGAAGAAAGGGUGAUACCAGGUGGAGUGAACAGAAACUCUGCAAUAAUUGGAGGUGUCAUUGCAGUUGUGAUCUUCACGAUUCUGUGCACCCUGGUGUUCCUGAUCCGCUACAUGUUCCGCCACAAGGGGACCUACCACACCAACGAGGCCAAAGGGGCGGAGUCUGCCGACACCGCUGAUGCUGCCAUCAUGGGCAACGACCCAAACUUCACAGAAACCAUUGACGAGAGCAAAAAGGAGUGGUUCAUCUGAUGGGACAUUGAUGGGGAGGGGAGGGGAGGGGAGCGGGCAGUUUGAAAAGCAUUGUACUCUAAGCAGUUUUGGCACAGUAAUGAAGAUCAGCACAAGCGAGAGUCCACAAACAACCAGUACAUUGUGACUCGCCCCUAAAGAUUUUACAUUGUGUUUGGGAGUUUGAGGAGUCAGCAAAUAUAAUGUCAAUUUUGAAAUCUGGAAACACAUCAUUAUUUCCAUUGUUUUACUUUGAAAACAAGCAGGAAAUUAUUAUUUUAUUUUUUUAGCAAAAAAUAAAUAAAUUCCUUAAGCUUCCAAACGUAAUAUUUAAGAAAGUAUAGAAGUACAUAGUGUACAAGAAACAAUUUAUGCCAAAUGCCCUGUGUAAAUCAUUUUAUUUAAACCACACUACAUAUAUAUAUAUAAAAAAAUAGAUUUACUUUACAAAAACAAAUGACAUUUAGAUUGUAUUUAAAAGCUAUAGCAGGUGUUACUAAGAGGAGAAAUGUGGCAUGCUACAAGUUGCAGGUAAUAACCCUUUGUUCGUUGCAUUUUUUAUGUGAAUUGUUUUUAUUUAAGUGAAAAGUAUUGUACACCUUUUUAGUUGCCAAAUAUUUAGCUUUGCGCAAAUUGAGUUGCCAAAUACCCAGCUUUAUCAUAGGUAAUAAAAUACUGCCGUUUUUAUAAUUUAUAGUACUCCAUAGGGCCUAUAUAAAAACAAAAGUAUUUCUUUGCUAACUAUCAGACUUUUUAUAUUAUUUUUUUAUGAAUACACAUUUUUCAGAAACAAAUAAAGAUGAGGCCACAGAGUAAAUUCUAGUCCUUUCCCAUGUAAACCAAUCAGGACCGCUGCCCUAAAUGUGAGCAAACUCAAUCCGCUCCUUGUGUGUGGGUUGGGGGCAGGAGAGGGGGGCCAAUACUGCCAAAUAGAUGGUCAAACGAGCAGGAAUGACAUGCGCUAAAUAACAGUAUAUGAGCAAAAUAUUGAUUUGUAUUUCUAAAAGAAUAACAUGGCCCUAGUAUGAAUCUUACUGCAACCCUCUACCCUCAUUUCAUUACAUUGGUCUUCUAAUUGAGCCAUCAGGUCAGCUGGCAUCCCAUUGGCCACCAUUCUAGUUUCUUUAGGUACAGCACCCCUGAACAAGUACCCUUUAGAAAUCAACUCGUCUAAUGGAAUUUCCUUCCAAAGAAGUGUUGAUUUGCAAUUUGUGAUGACUGUAUCAUUCACUUCGCACAUUUGAAUAGAGUGACAAAUAUUGGUGUCUGUUUGGCAUUGUCAUGGCUCCCUGCGUUAAUGCUUUGAUGAAGCUUUUGUAUUUUUUAGCCCUUGGAAGAUGGGUCUCCUCAUCCACUAAAGUUACUGUCAUUAAAGAUACACCCAAAUAAUUUUUGCCGUUAUUAACCUACUUGCCAUUUAAUCAUGCAACUGCAACGCUGGGACAUAAAUAAAUAAAUAAAUAAAUAAAUAAAUAAAUAAAAAUAUUGCUAGAAAUAUUUUAUUAUACAACCAAACUAUCCCAGCACUAACAAAACAUGGCCCACCUCUUCCCAUUGAUUCUUUGGAUAAUAUUGGCCCCUGAACACCUUGCAUUCUGUGUCCUUGACUGAGGUGUCCUCUACAAUGCAUGCCUCUAAUUCCUAAUACACUAGUAGUCCAUCUGGUCAGCAGUGAAUUGCUGUUGUGCAUAUCUGCUUAUACAGUACAAAGCCUGGCUUGCCAAAAUAACAGAGCCUAGAUGCACUCAUAAUGGAUCAAGGAAAUGCUGCUGAUGUGUUGGCACUAUAUCUAUCAAUGAACAAUGUUUUGGUUUUGUGUUAUUAAUAUUUUGUUCCUGGUGGUUGAUGGGUGUGCAUAUGAGAUGCUGUCGUUGCAAUGUGAUUACCACUGGUGCAGGAAGGCCAUGGAAUCCUUCUCAUGAUAUUUUCUAAAGGAAUAUGCAUGUCUUGCGCUUGUCAUAAUUGUCAAGAUGCACAAUGGCAACAGUAUAACAACAUCAAAGACAAUAUUUGGAUGACAUUUCACUGAGCAGUGUGUACCAUGAAGAUUGUGACGCAUUCUUUACAUUAAUAAUUUUACAGACUAUGAGAAGUAUCAUACAACCAAUUCUGCCAAGUGGUUUCACUUUGACUGGGAGAUGUAGUUUUGUUUCUUGCCUCACAAUGUAUAUAUCAGCCAUUAUUAUUAUUAUUUUUUUAUUAAGAUGUUUUAUAAAUUAGCAUAAUGUUAGACAUGUUUAUUAUUAGCAUUUCCUGCUUGUGUGUAAAAGUGACUAGCUAUUAAUUACUGCAUAUAGAGGUAGACCAUUCAGUUAUUUGAGGAGAGCUUUUUUUGUGUGUUUUUACAUUAUUUUUGCAUGCUUGCAGAGUUCUAGGGAUAUAUUGUGAUAGCGCAGGAGUACAGUUUAGAUUUCAGAGAAGGAAACUGGUCUAUUGUAAUCCUCAUUAGGAAAUCAUUCAUGAACAUUUUACAUUGAAACAGACGGUGUCCCCUUUUUAAUGCCUAAUUUCUAAUGAGGGACGUAGCACAACAAUGUAUUUCUAAUUGUCUUUUCACUUUUAUCGAUUCCAUGUGAUUAAAUACAAUUACGUAGGCAGAGUAUGACCCCCAUAUGUAAAUAUAUAUGGUGUGUUUGUGUAAAUAUAUACAUGCCAUGCAGUUUAUUGAACGUUUUAUUGAUACAUUGUGUAAACUGUUUCAUGAUUCAUGUGUUGAGUAUUUAAAUAAUUUUAGCAUAGCAGCUGAGAGAUGGACAAUCAUUGAUGUAAAAAGUUAUACAUUUUCAUUGAGCUUACUGAAAUAUUAAAACAGUAUCAUUAUAUUGCCUGGAGCCCAAAGGGUAAGAAAAUAGGAUAUAGAGAACUUGGGACAUGCCAUCACAUUUUCAAUGUGACCCUUAAUGAAUUUUAGAUAACUAUGAAGGUGUAUGCCUCAAAAGGUGUUAAAUAGUUGCAAUGAAAGUCAUCAUUUUAUCAGAAAUGCCCCUGAAUAGAGACUGUCAGUAUUCAAAAGUGAAGUUUAUAGCUUAAAUGUAUAUGUUACAUACAUUUCUUCAAACACAUCUACCUGUGAACCUGUUCUUUUCAAUUGCAAUAGAAGCAUUGCCACUGUUAGCUGUAUACAGUAGUACUGCAUAUUCAUUUUCCAAGACUCCUAAAGAGGCUUUCUGUAUGUUACUGAAGAUAGCUUUCACAGUUCUCUGCGGUGGGAGACAGAGGAAUUAACUGUACUUAAAUUCAUAGAGCUAUUAACUGAAAUAAUGGUAAAUAUGUUUUAUAUAUUAUUAUUAACAUAUCAGCUCCAUCAGCCACCCUGAAUAAACUGGUUGAAACCCCUUCUGAGGUAUCCUUUUACAGUUCUAAGUGAAAGUGGGUCGCCUUGCCUCUCUUUCAAGAGGUAGCAAAUGUAUGAAAGUGUUUAGAAAUCUAUGAAGGCUUCUGUCUUUCUUUUUGACCAAGUGGGGAAAUUACAAGACCAUAUCAAAUCCCACUGCAAUGUUAGCCUUUAAAAAUGGGACACUGUCUCUUUAAGAAACAGCAGAGUGAUUUCUUUAUUAUUAUAAUUAUUAAAAAAAAAAAAAAAAAAGAAAAGCUUACAUAAUCUGUCCGGCCUUAUU